UGGCGAGCGGGGGGGCCGCCCGCCCUAGUGCUUCCGGCGGGGCCGGCUGCGGCUCCGCCAUGGGGAAGAAACACAAGAAGCACAAAGCCGAGAAGGCAGAAUGGCGCUCGACCUCCGCCACCGCCUACAGCGAUUAUGUGGACAAGCCUUUGGAAAAACCCUUAAAGCUGGUUCUUAAAGUUGGAGGCAGUGAAGUCACUGAACUCUCUGGGUCAGGGCAUGACUCUAGUUACUACGAUGAUAGAUCAGAUCAUGAGCGAGAACGACAUAAAGAAAAGAAGAAAAAAAAGAAGAAAAAGUCAGAGAAGGAAAAAGAAAAGCAUCUAGAUGAUGAGGAAAGAAGAAAGAGAAAAGAAGAGAAAAAGAGGAAAAGGGAGAAGGAACAGUGUGACACUGAAGGAGAAACUGAUGACUUUGAUCCUGGGAAAAAGGUGGAGGUUGAACCUCCUCCAGAUCGUCCUGUUAGAGCAUGCAGAACUCAGCCAGCUGAAAAUGAGAGCACACCAAUCCAGCAAUUACUGGAACACUUCCUUCGCCAGCUUCAAAGGAAAGAUCCUCAUGGGUUUUUUGCUUUUCCAGUCACGGAUGCCAUUGCUCCUGGGUAUUCCAUGAUAAUAAAACACCCUAUGGAUUUUGGUACAAUGAAGGAAAAAAUUGCAGCAAAUGAAUACAAAUCAGUCACUGAAUUCAAGGCUGAUUUUAAACUGAUGUGUGAUAAUGCAAUGACUUACAACAGACCAGAUACUGUUUACUACAAGCUAGCCAAGAAGAUACUGCACACAGGCUUUAAGAUGAUGAGCAAAGAACGGCUGUUAGCUUUGAAGCGCAGCAUGUCGUUUAUGCAGGACAUGGAUUUUUCUCAGCAGGCAGCUCUUUUGGGCGAUGAGGACAUAGCAGUUGAAGAACCUGUUCCUGAAGUUGUUCCUGUACAAGCAGAGACUACCAAGAAAUCCAAAAAGCAAAAUAAAGAAGUUAUUAGAGAGAAAUUCUUAGCUAAGCAAAUGGAAGAAGAUAACCCAGGAGAGAGAAAUGGAUUUGGUGUGAGGAGAUGCUCUACCCAGUACCUAAGCUGCAUUUUUGAACCUGAGGGGAAUGCAUGCAGCCUGACAGACAGCACUGCUGAAGAACAUGUCCUGGCACUAGUGGAACAUGCAGCAGAUGAAGCUCGGGAUAGGAUCAAUCGAUAUCUACCCAACAGCAAGAUUGGUUAUCUGAAAAAAAAUGGAGAUGGAACUUUAUUGUUUAGUGUAGUAAAUUCAUCUGAUCCAGAAGCAGAAGAGGAAGAAACUCACCCAGUGGAUCUGAGUUCACUGUCAAGCAAAUUAUUACCUGGCUUCACUACACUGGGCUUCAAAGAUGAACGAAGAAAUAAAGUAACCUUUCUUACCAGUGCCAAUACAGCACCUUCUUUGCAAAACAACUCUGUAUUUCAUGAUCUGAAACCAGAUGAGAUAGAGCUUCUAUACUCCGCAUAUGGUGAUGAAACUGGGAUCCAGUGUGCCUUAAGCUUACAAGAAUUUGUGAAGGAUGCUGGAAGUUAUAGCAAGAAAAUAGUUGAUGAUCUUCUGGACCAGAUCACUAGUGGUGACCAUUCCAAAACUAUUUAUCAGCUAAAGCAGAGGCGAAACAUUCCAGUAAAACCACUGGAUGAAGUUAAAGUUCUGCCAGUUCUUAUAAAAGAAGAACACAAGUUGCGCAGUACCUGUCUGGAUUCUUCCAAACAGAUUAUGGUUGGAGAAUCUGCUGGAGACAGUAACACUUCUGACUUGGACUUUCUCUCCAUGAAGCCGUAUUCAGAUGUAUCUCUUGAUAUUUCUAUUUUAAGUUCGUUAGGAAAAGUGAAGAAGGAGCUUGAUCAUGAUGAUAACCAUCUACAUCUAGAUGAAACAACAAAACUGCUUCAGGACCUUCAUGAAGCUCAGGCUGACAGAGUGGGAUCCCGGCCAUCGUCCAAUUUGAGCUCCCUUUCCAAUACCUCUGAAAGAGACCAACAUCAUCUUGGAAGCCCCUCUCAUCUGAGUGUUGGAGAACAGCAAGACAUGGUUCACGAUCCGUAUGAAUUUCUUCAGUCUCCAGAAGCCUCAAAUGCUACUAGUAACUAAUCUGACAUGUACUAUAUUUAUUUUGUAUUUUAAUUGUAUUAUGUUUUUAUAAAGUUUUUGUCCAUGACAGAAACUGCAUUUUUGUCCUCUUUUCAAUGAGGAUUGCUGUAUAUUAUCAUGUAUACAGGAUUAAACAAGCAAACAUAUAAAAACCCCAACCCCAAACUAAUUAGUGCAUCAUGUUGUUAGCAAUAUACCAAGAACUGCUUUCAUUUUGUUUGUUAAAGGAGAGUGUUAUUUACUGAUGUGUGAAUCUUGACUGAAAAGCAGCAAAUAAUGUGUUAGAAAAAUUUAUAUUUUAUAGACACUGAAAAGUGAUAAUUUUCCCAGAAUCAUGACAACAGUCAUUAAAUGUUUGCAGUACAAUUAUCACCGAGUUCUGUAGAUAAUUGUUCUGUUAUCUACUGUUCAGGCUAAGACCUGAACAUCUCCAAGGAAGAAAAAAAAGAACUGCAUUAAUUAGGAUCAUUAUUGUGUUUUCCAUCUCCAAAUGCUCAUAAUCUGUAGAAAUUGUUUGAAACAUUUCCCCAUAUUUUAAAAUCUUUUUUUAAUCACUGCAGAGAGCAUUUAUUUUCAGAGUAACAGUAUUUGAUAGUUCCAGUAGAAUGCUCAUUUACAAAACUUCUACCCUGGAUUUGAAAAAUAUGUAUGUUUUUGUGAUCCCUUGUAUCUUGAAGCACAAAGAAAAGAUAAUACUUGUAAUUUUAAUAUGAUGUGUAUAUCUCAUAGGGUGAAAAAAAUACUGGAUAAGGUGUGCUUUUCAGUAAUUCCAAAAUAAAACUUUUAUAAUACA